GCAGGGAGGACACAGACUAUCACCUGCGUCUUUGGUUUGUGAACCUGCAGCAGGAUGGGAAGGUUGCAGCGUAUCCCUUCCAGCUCCACUGCUCUCUCCGGGGGCAGUGGAGCACCAGAGAGCUCGUCUGUGAAGAAAACUACAUGGAGGUGUCCAUCCAGCAGCCUUUCCUGCACAUUACCUCCAAAAAUAAGAAGGGUGAUGAUGAGGCGGACAUGGCUGUGAUGUUCCACAAUGAUGCCCAGCCACCAGAGGAAGCAAGAUACUUCUCCCUGAAAGAGGCUGCUGCUCUGGGCUACCACAUCUCACUGCGAGGCGCCCACCUCACCCUCCGCUGUAGCUACUCCUCCCCUCUCUCAUACUUAUUCAAGGAGAGCGGAGUAGAUUUUGUGAUUGUCAGAGCAACUAUCCUGUACCGACUCCAGAGAAGCCUCCUGGCUGUUAACGCCACUAUCGCCUGUUUUCUGAACGAGGCUUCAGCAGACGGAUCUGACCUGCUGUGGACUGUUCCUUACAUCCUGACUCCGUUAGUCCACGGUGAGUUCAGGUACAGAGGAAUGAGGAUCGGUGUGAAUGGCCAGGAUCUGAGUGAGUCUGAAUAUAAAAAGAGGGGGUAUAAAAUCAGCCUACAGGAGGGAAAAACAGAGGUCAGGAUUCCUCUAGGAGCCCCGGUCGGACACCUGAAGAGUGGUGUUGUGAGGGGACAGUACAGCCAGUCCAUGUCUCUGGAUCUCUCCUUCAUGAGUCAGUGGGAGGACGAGCGUUGGCCUCUCACACAGCAUCGCUCCUUCAGGCUCUUUAAGACUCCUCUCAUCCCACAAAUCCCACUCUUCACCAACAACACUGUCCCAUCUGUGGGAUUGUUCUCCGUCACUUUAGGCCUCUUUGCCCCUGAUGUUUCCCUCCAGAAGGUGACAUUAGAUGCUGGAGGUGAGCUUUUAACCUGGACCAAGAGCGAAACAGACGACCUCAGUGUGUUGAGGCUCUCCCACUCCAACGGGAGCCACUCCUACCAGCUUCGUUUCCCGUUGUCACACAAAAAAGUAAUCCCGGAGUACAUAGGUGGCGGCUACAAGACAUACAGCCUCUCUUUCACCUUUACUUUUAACAUAUUACCCAAUGGAGAGCUGUUUUACCAUCAAGCCACUAUAGAGCAUAGUGUUGAAUACACAGCUCCAAGUUCCCCCAAGCUGGAGGGGAAGUGCACAGAGACGGGCCUGCUGGUGCUGCUGCACCACGGGGCCCAGGCAGAGCUGCAGUGGGAGCUCUUCCUCGGGGCUCACAAAUUGGACUGGGACCUUGUGGAGAUGGGUGGGUUUGUGGUGGAGGCGGAGGAGGACUACUUGACUGUGGAGAUCCCCCGUUACAGCCCAGGGAUGAACUACGUGGAGCUGACAUUGCAGGGUCUUGUCUCUGGAGUGGAAGUGUCUGUUGUGGACGCAGAGACUCUGAAAGUAGAGGACACUCUGGUCCAUAAAUGUAUAUUUCCUGUUAGGGAACAACUAGUAUGUUUGCCAGAAGGGAGGAUGGUGGCAGUGGUUGACACUACCCACACUAUCCCGCCCACUCACCCCAACCGAACCACCCUAUUGGACCCCAGCUGUGUUCCCAUGGAGACGGACAGUGCCAGGGCGUUGUUCAGCUUCAGCCUGGACUCCUGUGGGACAACUAUCACUACUGAGGGAAAUGUCCUUGUUUAUGAAAACCAGAUCAGUUACACUCAAGAGUUUCUGCCUCUGGACGAUCCUCUUAUACACAGAGAUGCUCCUUACAGGUUGACAAUUCAGUGUCGCUACCCAGCAAAUCAUACUACAGCUCAUGCUAUCCUACGCUCUUUAAAUAACUCUCUGGGCCUUUCACCCCCUGCAAACACAGUUUAAAGGUGUGAUUUGGUGAAGAAAAUGGAGUUCUGAGGGACUGUAAAUCCAUAUUUGCGCGUGGAUCACAUGGUCUCCAUUCUGCUGAUACUGAUGCUCUGCAAAUGGGUUUCUACAUUCUUGUCGUGUAAAGCAAAUAAAUAAAUGUAUUAUGUUGCAUUUUUU